CGUUCUUCCGGUAAAACUCUAUGGUAUGCUUGGACGGGAAGUUGGCCUCCCCACCUUGUUGUGGAAGCGGCUGUUGAGGAAGCGAAGAGCGGAGAGUUGAGGGCAGCUCUGCUCCUCCCCUCCCCCCUCCGCGGGGCAGCAGCUUCUUUGACAUUAGAACCUCCCCUGCAAAACGGCUCGAGUCUACGAGGUAAUGGGCUCGGAGAAGAGCUCUUUGAAGCAUGAUGCAUUGGAAGAGCCUCCAUUUACCUUACCCUCUGGAAUCAACAUUCACCCAGCAGUGCUGCAGCGUGGCAGACUUGCCUCAGUCUUUGUGUACAAGAGAGAAAAUGAAGACAAUGUUAACAAAGCUGCCAAGCACUUGAAAACUUUACGCCACCCUUGCCUCCUGCGCUUCCUUUCUUGUACUGUGGAAACAGAUGGAAUCCACUUGGUUACAGAGCGUGUUCAACCCGUGGAGAAGGUCUUGGAGACCCUCUCUUGUUCAGAGAUAUGUGCUGGAAUCUAUGAUGUUUUGCAGGCUCUUGUCUUCCUCCAUGAUAGGGGACACCUGUCACACAACAAUGUCUGCCUAUCUUCUGUAUUUGUGAGUGAAGAUGGGCACUGGAAACUAGGAGGCAUGGAAACUGUCUGCACCCACAAUGAAGCAACAGCAGAGUUUCUGCUUAGUAUCAAGUCAAUACGGGAGAAGUCGGGCAUUCCACCUGAAGAACUGUCUGAAGACUUCCAACUUCUUCCUGAGGGCCAGAUGCAUUCCCGGGAUGCCUACUCAUUUGGUGUAAUGGUUGAAAACCUGAUGACUUUUUUAAAUGAAGAGGUUUCAGAGGAUGUUAUCUCUAGUUUUCAGCACACGUUACGCUCCACUUUGCUGAACCCAGAUCCCACAUGCCGCUCUCCACUCUCCAGUUUACUGUCUCAUGAAUUCUUCAGAAAUGAUUUCCUGGAAGUUGUGAGCUUUCUGAAUAGUUUAACACUAAAAACUGAAGAGGAAAAAACUGAAUUUUUCAAAUUCCUGCUGGACAGAGUGGCUAUCUUGUCAGAAAAGUUGAUUGCAAUGCGGUUGGUGCCUUUGUUGCUCAAUCAGCUUGUGUUCGCUGAGCCAGUAGCUGUCAAGAGUUUCCUUCCUCAUCUUCUUGGUCCAAGGAAAGAUAAAGUGGGCGAGAGCCAAAUUAAUGGCCUGCUGCCUCCAGCCACUUUCCAAGCACAUGUCAGCCCUGUGCUACUGAAACUGUUUGAGGUGCAUGAAGAGCAUGUUCGGAUGGUAUUGCUGUCUCACAUAGAUGCCUAUGCAGAACUGUUCUCUCAGAAAGAGCUGAAAAAUGUAAUAUUGCCACAGGUUUUACUGGGGCUGCGAGAUACCAGUGACUCUUUGGUGGCUGCAACACUGCAAAGCUUAGGAGUGCUGGUCUCACUGCUUGGACCUGAUGUUGUUGUGGGAGGUGACAGAACAAAGAUCUUCAGACGUUCAGCACCAAGUUUCACUAAAACUGUGGACCUUUCCCCAGAAGACUCUCCCAAUCAUGUAAUAAGUUGCCAGAGAAGAGUGAUUUAUCAGCCCAUGCAGAAUAACUCUUCUAUGUUCCUCAAGUGCUCCAGCUCUGGAAAUCUGCCCUUCAUCAACAACAGCCACGUGCCAAGGCAAGAUUCUCAUGUCGCCUUAAGGAAAGGUUUCCGACAAGGGAAUACAUCUCUGGUCAAAACAGGAAUAUGUUCUGUGUCUUCCUCAGGAGAACAAGACUCUCUGCACUUACACGGUGUUUCUGGUGAAUUAAAUACUUGGAGGAAUGGUGGAAAUUGCCAGCAUGCAGCUGAGAAGAUAGCAGAGGAAUGGCCAGAUUGGAGCGAGUGUGAAGAGCCAGAGACUGAGAAAAGUAUAACUGCAGAUAUCAAAAGGAAAGAAUUUUGUGUCAACAGUAGUCCCUGUCUUGCCAGUCAUGAUGUAGAUGAGAAAUCUUGGGAUGAUGUGGCUGAUAGCCCUAACUUUAAACUAUCCUCAGGAAACAGCCCUACUGCUAUAGGCUUAAAUGACAUCACAGAGCUGCAGCUGCCUCCAAAUAUGUUUGAGCUCAAAAAAGAAUUUAGAAAAUUUAAUCCUUCUCCAGAGCCUAGCAGCAACUGUGACAGCUGUGGCCACAGGGACCAGCAUGAUGAAAUCUCCUAUUUGCCCAAAGGGUCAUUUUUAGAGAGGCCUCCCAAGUUAGAAUGUAGUUUAGGAGAGGAGUUCAUGAUCCAGGUGAAGAGGAGAGAACUGUAUGAUACAGAGCUGGACUGGUUUGCUGAUAUGAUCCCAAACAUCAAACCUUCAUCCACUCUCCUGAUUCUACCAGAACUGGGCACCCAUCCUGUCAUUCAGAGCAACUUAAACACAGUUUCCAGCAGUGUGUGUGAUGUCCAUGAGGUGCAGUUCUCGUCUAAAUUUGCAGCAGCUGAAACUACAGAGGUGGAUGCUGUUGGCUGGGAAGAAGAGGAGGAGCUGAACUGGGAAGAUGAUGCCAACUGGUGACACCUAAGACCUUGUGCUGGGUUUGAGUUAGGUAGCUGCUUCUGUAAUGUCCUGGACAAUUUAACCCCCCUCCACAGACAGCAAGAACUCACAAGUAUCUUCAAUAGUGCAGGCGCUUGCCUUUUUCACCUGCAGCAUACUCCAUAAUAACUAGGGCCUGAGUGCUAAAAAGGAGUUCUUGGACAGAGGGACGGGUUGUGUGGUCUGAUUUUUUUCACAAGUGUUUAUGGAAAACUAGGAAAAAUAAAUAGCUAAUUCACUGGUUAAA